AUGCAAGGACGAGCAGAACCAGGGCGCACCAGACAGUUGUCGGCGGUCUCAUCAGCGGCUGAGCUACCAGCCGUUUUGCACGUCUAUGCGAGGAACCUGCAAAAAGGCAUUCGCAGCACUCGGUUCGGAGACCGCAGCUCUGCUCUGGAGGUGCAAGAAGUGCUGACGCAAAGGUCGCACGUUUUCGAGAUCUAUGAAGACUCGGAGGGGCGCGUUGCCGUUCGCUUUGCCGGGGAGAAAGGCGAUGCUGGCAAUCAGAAGCUGGAGCUUUUCCAAGGCCCGGCGGGGCCCCAAGCGCUCCAAGCGCUGACACCCCAGCCGCUGCCACCUGGGCGGGUCUUCACUCAGUGUGCCUUGCCGGCGGAAGAGCUUCCGCCCUUGCGCCCGGAGCAGGUGGCCGAGAUUGAGGAGGAGCUGCUGAAAGCCGGCGGCAGUGAGCGCUUUCGUCGCCUCAGCCUCCAUCUUGGGAUCCAGGAGCGGCAGGCACAAUUUCACUUCCGAUUGUACGAAGACCAGGGAAAGCUCUUCAUCAGCCAUCUGAUUCCAGAGAGGGAGCGCCUUGAGUCGAUGCUCUUCAAACUGCAGCCGACGAGGUCUGCUGUGGGGGAGGCAAUGGCCUUCUGCAUGGAGCAAGCCUCGGUACACGGCGCCAUGCUGGCACACGUCCUGGUGGCUUCACUGACACUGCCAGGCCUGGCCCCUGCCUCCGUUUUGGCACGUCUCUUCCUGAUCAGUGAUGUUCUCUUCAACUCCAGGUGUUCGGCCAAAGGUGCCGCCAGAUACCGCUCUCUUUUCGAGGAGUUGUUGCCAGAUGCAUUCGAGAAAGUGGGUCAGUGGCUGCCGGGUCAGGAAAUGGCCGAGGCAUCUUCACGCAGCAUGUUGGAUGCUUGGAGGACAUGGGAAGUGUUUCCUUCGGUCUUCUUGGAUGGCUUGGAGGCCUUGCUCCUCUCAGCAAUACCUCCAUCCUUGGAGGCCUGUCUUGCUGCAGAGGCAGAGGGUUCCCUGCUGCGGCAGAAGCUGGAGCGAUGGGCCUCGGCGGAAAUUUCCCCGACAGAGGUGCGGCAAGGUGCUCGGUGCCGUGGUCUCGCAAAUGCGCAGUUGCCAGUGGCCCGCUGCCGACUGCGGCUCUGCCACUGCGAGCGCUAUUGGCAUGGGCGCAUACAGGUGCCGGAUCUCCCAGACGAGGCCGAGGAGGUGCCGCAGGAGGCCUCCCCGGAGUUGAUGGACGUGGACGAGGUCUGUAGCAUUGACGGCGACCCGGCGGAGGGCGACGAGGCCGUUCAGGCCACGAGUCGGUGGCCCGUGCUUGGACUCACCGAGUGGCCCCUGGGCAUUGGCAUGGACCCAGGUGCUCUGCCGGAUAUCUUCGAUCCCAAGUAUGUCCUAAACUGCACACCACCGCGUUCGAAUGGCGGCGUGGCGAAUGUGUACGAGAAGGAUCCAAAAUUCGAGUACUGCCGUGUCUCGAUGGGCGACAAUGCCACAGAGACCCUGCAGUCUCGAUUCGAGGCAAGCUGGAUUUUUUUGGAAAAGGCCCGAAUUCGCGAGGAUGGCUCUGUCUUGAUUCACUGCCAGCAGGGUGUCUCGCGCAGUGUGUCUAUGGCAAUGUCCUACAUGAUGAAAUACUACAGGAUGCUGGGGUUCAAAUUAGACGUCGUUACGACUGCUUCUGGACGGAAUGCCCGUUUGUGUUUUCCUGGCAGUGCUUCACAUCUCUCAGUGCCAGCUCCAGUGCAUGUCAUGCUGGGCAGCGUGUGGCUCCACACUGGCCAUACAGUAGCAGUAGCUUCAAAUCCUCAUGCAUGUGCACAGGCAGCUUCUGUGAGACCAUUGACUCCUGCCACCAUGUCGGAAUAUCUCCCUGCUUUUGUAAUAGCUUCCCUGUUCCAUUCUGAUGGCAAAGUGUGUGUGCAUCUCAGGGUUUUGCUUCAGGGAUCAGAUGCCGGUGCAUAG